AUGUUGAUGGGCCCUUCACGCAAAGUACAAAUCGUCCAAGCGAUUAUUAGCAGUGGUCUUUCAGCAAACAAACCGGUCCACUUUUUCGAUUGCAAUAUCCAUGCUAGAGAGUGGAUUACAGCGGCUACUUGCGUGUGGAUCAUCGACCAGAUAACAACUGGAUAUGGUUCCUAUCCGGAGAUUACUUCGCUCGUUGACCAGUACGAUUGGAAAUUUGUUCCUAUUGCCAAUCCAGAUGGAUACGCCUAUACUUGGAAUACUGAUCGCAAUUGGAGGAAGAAUCGUCUUGUUAACAAUGAAUCGACGUGCGUCGGUGUCGAUGCUAACCGCAAUUUUCCGAUCGGUUUUGCCGGAUCUGGUUCCUCCAGCGAUCCCUGUUCAGGAACUUAUCAUGGAAUUGCCGCAUUCUCCGAGCGCGAAGCCAGCGCAUUUAGAGACUUGAUUGCCGCUGAUCGUGGCAGAGUUAAAACAACUAUCUCUCAUAUGCAUUCUUAUUCACAAAUGUUUCUUUCACCUUACGGCUACACCACCGAUUUACCUGCGGAAUAUCCUGAGAUGUUCCGUGCCAUGGAAAUCGCUGUGAAUGCGUUAACAUCCACGUACGGGACACCCUAUACCUACGGAAAUACCGCUGUUACCAUUUGUAAGUUUAUUACGUUCUCCUUACGUUUUCAUCAUCGUCCAGCGGGAAAAUUAAGAGCUUUGUUACCUUCAUGUUACAGACAUCGUGAGUUACAGUGGCAUCUGGUGACACCACGGAUCAUUACUACGAGAACGAAGGGGUUGUUUAUUCAUACACUAUAGAACUUCGAGACUCGGGUACUUAUGGUUUCCAAUUACCGCCCGAUCAAAUUGUUCCAACGGCCACCGAAACCUGGAAUGGAUUGAAAGCAAUGAUCAAUGCUAUUUGAGUGUCGUUUGUAACGUCUUCCCCAUUAGUUAACGCAAAAUAAAACGA